AUGGAAACAAAUUAUAUAAAUACUUCAUUGGACGACAAAAUUCCAAUCAUCACAAAAUUGUUUUCUGAAUUCACUCCGGGAAGAUGGCAAAAGUGUGACGACCACGUACAGAAAAUCGAGAACCAAUAUUGGGACCACGAUAUGAGGUUUGACAAUGUAAUAGACGAGUUGAUCAUAAACCUGGGAAACGAUUCAGAUUCUGAGGAGGAUAUGGAAAUUGAAGACAUGUAUAGUAAUGAAGAAGAAGAAGAUAUGGAUUAA